AAAUGGUCCUCCACGCCCUGUCCGAGCCUCAUCCACCCUUCUCCUCCUGGCUCCUUGGUCUCCCAGCGUGACAAAGACUUCGAGAUGCCAGCUGACUUCCAGCUCCCAGAAAUGCUCUCUCCCGCAGCCAUGGAGAAGUACGUCUCGGCCAUCCAGAAGAUGGAGCAGACCGUGAUGUUCCCCAGCCUCCUUCGCGGAGUCUCUUUAGAAGAUCUGGAAGAGGCCUUCGGAGCCGACUCGGAUGACAAGGACUUGUUUGAACAUUUUGUGCUGCUGAAAUCCGGCAAGGGGAUGUUGGAAGGCGGUCGGUUCUUACCUGCGAGACGAGAGAAGCUACCUGGGGUCCCUCCGGUGGAGGAGAACGUGGAGAAAGAAAGCUUGGAAGAUGUCUUUUACUACCACUUGUCCAGUCUCUGCCGUGUCCUGCAUCAUUUGACCCAGAGAGCCCAAGCCGUCACCGCCAAAUACAACGAAAUUAUGGAACGCAUCAACCACAGCUAAGUUGUGGAGAAACAGACCCACAGUAGGGAACAGCCAAGGUAAGAUGUUUCCUUUGACUACGUGUUGGAAAGGGCCUUCCGUUUGUUUUUUAUUUUUUAUUUUUUUUAUGAUUCCGCUUGAUUUUUAGAAUUCUCAGCAUCCCAUCACUCCUGGAGACAGCAAGGUUUUUACUUCUUCAAUUGCCCCCUUGUAGAAAAAUCAGUUUGAUUUGAAGGGUGAGGGGCUUCAAGAAUGGAAACCACGAGGUUUUACUUGUUCUAACCCUUCUUGGUCCCUUAGUACAACUGUUCAUUUAGUGACUGAGGUUACAAUGGCAUUGAAAAAAGUGACUUAUGACUG